AUGGAAUCGGAUGGAGAACGCGACACCGGCUACAAUCAUUACAACUCUCCUCAGCACCAACCCCAACAGAGCUACCACCGAAACUACGAUGAGUAUGUCCAUCCAAUGCAGCAACAGCAGCAGCAGCACAAUCCAGCGGCCAGUUCGCCGUUGUCCACACUUUCCCAGCACGGUGGAAUGCUGGCCCCGCAGAGUCCGGGCAUGCUCGGUGGCAACAACGGCAUGAUGCACUCGCCACUGAUGCAGUCCCACUCGCCGCUGCUCUCGUCCAACGCCUCACUGCUCCAGUCGCAGUCUCCGCUGCUGUCCAGCUCACCCCUGAUGAGCCAGUACAGCCCGUACCACCAUCAGGACGUGCAGAUGCCCACGAUCCUGCCCACGGACGAACCGGGAGGCGGUGGUGGCGGCGGUGGCUGGGGUGGGUACGCCCUGACGGCGGCCGGGCCGUACCAGAGUGAAUUCUGUGCGUCCAACUACGGUGUGCUGCACCAGCGGCAGGCGUACGGACCUGGCAAGCUGGGACCGCACGGAGCCCUGAAGAGUGCCAAGGAGGCGCGCAUCCGGCGGCCCAUGAACGCGUUCAUGGUGUGGGCCAAGGUCGAGCGGAAGAAGCUGGCCGACGAGAAUCCCGAUCUUCACAAUGCCGAUCUCAGUAAAAUGCUAGGUAAAAAGUGGCGCUCUUUGACGCCACAGGAUCGUCGGCCGUACGUCGAAGAAGCGGAGCGUCUUCGCGUGAUCCACAUGACCGAACAUCCGAACUACAAGUAUCGUCCACGACGCCGAAAGCACGCCAAAGCUCGCACCGGACCAGGCUCCGGAGGUGCUGGAGCGGUUGGAGCGGGUCCGACCGGUGGUUCGGCAGGAACUCCGGGACCGGCGCAGAACCUCGUCAGCAACUCGUCGCCGAGCGAAUUAAACUAUGGUGACGGUGAUUCGUCGCAGCGCAUGAGCCCAUACACAUACAACCCGCACAGCUACUACGCCGGCAGUAACAAUGCGCUCAACACGCCCGACUCGAGCCCCACGCAGAGCCCGGAACCGAUCGCCGUCCCGCCAACCAUCGGUAGCCGCAAGCUGGCUCAGGUGACGGCCAACGGAGGCCAGAGCGGGGUUGCCAACGGGUCGAUGGAGAAGAUGGUCGACGAUGUCGUCUCGUCCGCCCUGCCAACGCCGGAGAUGAGUCCGCUCGAGCUGGAGAAGGAACCGUUCGCCGGUGGGCUGCACUCGACCCACGCCGGAAACAACUACGAUGACCUGAAGAGCAGCAAGCAGAAGCUUACCUACGAAGGUGUUUAUGGUGGUGGAGGAGGCAUAAAGAGUGAGCAGAAGCUGCCAGCCACGUUCCCUUCGUACGAACAAGAUUCGCCCCAUCACCAGCAGCACCAGAGUCAGCAGCAGCAGCAACACCAUCAACACCAUCAGCAACAGCAACAACAGCAACAGCAACAUCAUCAGCAACAGCAGCAUCACGAGGGUCUGCUGAAGCGCGAGUACUCAUCACCGUCGGCGUUCGGACAUGGCGCAGACAAGCGGUACUCGUACGAAUCAAACGGUGGAGGUCUACACGACAAGCGAAACUACCUUUCGGUAGUCAGCUCAGGUGCAACCACAACCACGGCGAUGGUAAACGGGAUGUACGUGAUGUGCACCAACCGGAGCAUCCUGGACCAGGGUCAUAUCGUCACCGGGACGUACUUCCCACCGUUGGCGACAUCCGAGGAUCACCAGACGCUUGGUACUACGACCAUGACCACGACAGGUCACGGACCGCACCUCAGUGCAAACGGUGCCGGUGGCAACGUCCACAAUCAGAGCAACAAUGGCGCGGGUCAAUCAGGCAAGACCGCUUCGAACGGGCUUCUCGUAUCCACGGGAAAUACUCAUAUGUCCCAGAUCAACACAAGCACCUCUCAGCACAUGCAGCAACAGCAAGCGACUCAGCAACACCAGCAGCAACAGCAGCAACAGGCGAUGUCCAACGAGCAGCUCAAUAGCUACUAUGGCACGGCUUCGCUUCCGAAUGGGACCCUUCCGACGUACUCCUAUGCCUACAAAGACUACGGCAUCAUGUACGAAACACACACACUGCCCGGCCAAGACUCGGACCCGGUAGACUCCCGGGAGCUGGACAAGUACCUCAAGUAUCCGGACAGUAACCACAACUUCAACGGCUAUGACGGUGCUUCCUACUAUGGCCUUCCGCAGGGUGAGUACUACACCUAUGCCGGUGGAGUUCUGGCUCAGCAGUCACCUCAGCAUCAGAGCCAACAUCAGCAACAGCAGCAGCAGCAGCAGCAGCAGCAACAACAACAACAGGCGCAUCACCAACAAGCCCAGAGUCAGCACGGACAACAACUCUCCCUGCCUGUAACUGCCGGCAAUGGACCGUCCGCCAAUACUGGCUCCCAGCAAGUUCUCCCAAAGCUCGCCGACGGCAUGCAACUUCCAGGAGCGGGUUCGAACCAUCUGCCCACGACUCCGGUCGCACUGUACGCGCUUCCUCUUCAGCACCCACAACACCUUGCCGGGGGAGCGAUCGUGUCACCGGGAGUUGCCGGAACCGUCCAGCACCACGGAGGACAUCCGCUAGCGCAUCCCAACGCCACCAUGGCCGACAUCUACGUCGCAAACGAGCAGCAGCUGAAGGACGACGAGUUCAGCAAUAUUCUCGCCGGCGUACGCAAAACCUGCUACAGCAACUGA